UUUACCCCUGAAGAGCCUUUUUUGGGGGCAGCAGCUGAGCAGAAAAAGUAUGCAAGGAUUUGGAUCCCCGAUUCGGAUGUGGUCUGGAGGUCGGCCGAACUGGUGAAAGAUUAUAAGCCGGGAGACAAAGUGCUCCAUGUUCAACUGGAGGAUGGCAAGGAUCUGCAAUAUAGCCUCGAUCCCAAGACUAAGGAGCUGCCGCCCUUGCGAAACCCCGACAUACUUGUGGGGGAAAAUGACCUGACAGCGCUCAGCUACCUCCACGAGCCUGCUGUUCUGCAUAACCUCAAAGUUCGGUUUAUAGACUCGAAGCUCAUUUAUACCUACUGCGGUAUAGUUUUAGUCGCCAUAAAUCCUUACGAACAGCUGCCUAUCUAUGGGGAAGACAUCAUCAACGCGUACAGUGGACAGAACAUGGGCGAUAUGGACCCGCACAUCUUCGCGGUGGCUGAGGAGGCUUAUAAGCAAAUGGCCAGGGAUGAACGGAACCAGUCGAUCAUUGUCAGCGGGGAAUCGGGAGCCGGAAAAACCGUCUCUGCCAAGUACGCCAUGAGGUAUUUUGCUACCGUCAGCGGCUCUGCUAGCGAAGCGAACGUCGAAGAGAGAGUGCUGGCUUCCAAUCCGAUCAUGGAGUCUAUCGGGAACGCCAAGACCACGCGGAACGACAACAGCAGCCGCUUUGGGAAGUACAUUGAAAUCGGUUUCGACAAGAGGUUUCGCAUCAUCGGUGCCCACAUGAGAACUUACCUGCUAGAAAAAUCGAGAGUGGUGUUCCAGGCGGAAGAAGAGAGAAAUUACCAUAUCUUCUACCAGCUCUGUGCUUCUGCAGCAUUACCCGAAUUUAGAACUUUGCGGUUAGGGAACGCAAACUAUUUCCACUACACCAAACAAGGGGGCAGUCCGUCGAUCGAUGGAGUUGAUGACGCGAAAGAGAUGGCCAAUACCCGGCGGGCUUGCACUUUGCUAGGUAUUGUUGAUUCCUGCCAGAUGGGAAUUUUUCAGAUCCUGGCUGCUAUUCUUCACUUGGGCAAUGUGGCAUUCACCUCUCGAGAUGCUGACAGCUGCAUCAUACCUCCCAAACAUGAGCCCCUGAAGAUCUUCUGUGAACUCAUGGGUGUGGAGUAUGACCAGAUGGCCCACUGGCUGUGCCACCGGAAGCUGGUCACGGCCACGGAGACCUACAUCAAGCCCAUUUCCAAGCUGCAGGCCACCAACGCCCGGGAUGCGCUGGCCAAGCAUAUCUAUGCCCGCCUCUUCAACUGGAUUGUGGGCCAUGUGAACAAAGCCCUCCUCUCCACCAUGAAGCAGCACUCCUUCAUCGGCGUCUUGGACAUCUACGGGUUUGAGACCUUUGAGAUAAACAGCUUUGAACAAUUUUGUAUCAACUAUGCCAAUGAGAAGCUGCAGCAACAGUUCAAUAUGCAUGUCUUCAAGCUGGAGCAAGAGGAAUACAUGAGAGAAGAGAUCCCUUGGACCUUGAUUGACUUUUACGACAAUCAGCCCUGCAUUAACCUCAUAGAGGCCAAAAUGGGUAUUUUGGAUUUGCUGGAUGAGGAAUGUAAGAUGCCUAAAGGUUCCGACAACAGCUGGGCCCAGAAAUUAUACAAUACUCACUUGAAUAAAACUGCACUUUUUGAGAAGCCCCGCAUGUCAAACAAAGCGUUUAUCAUCCAACACUUUGCAGACAAGGUGGAGUACCAGUGUGAAGGAUUCUUGGAAAAAAACAAAGACACUGUCUAUGAAGAGCAAAUCCAUGUUCUUAGAUCAAGUAAGCUCAAGAUGCUGUCGGAGCUGUUCCAGGAUGAGAAGGAGGCCAGCUCCACCUCGGCAACGCCCUCUGGCCGAACACCUCUGUCGUCUCGAGCCCCAGUCAAGCCAGCCAAGUCUAAAGUGGCCCAAACCAGCAAGGAGCAUAAGAAGACAGUCGGGCAUCAGUUCAGAAAUUCUUUGCAUCUCUUGAUGGAGACACUGAAUGCCACGACUCCACAUUACGUGCGGUGUAUAAAACCAAAUGACUUAAAGGUUGCAUUCAUGUUUGAUGAGAAGCGAACCGUGCAGCAGCUCCGAGCGUGUGGGGUGCUGGAAACGAUCCGGAUCAGCGCCGCUGGUUUCCCCUCCAGGUGGACCUAUCAGGAGUUCUUCAGCCGCUAUCGCGUCUUGAUGAAGCAGAAAGAUGUCCUGAGCGACAGGAAGCAGACGUGUAAAAACGUCUUGGAGAUUCUGAUUCUGGACAAGGAUAAGUACCAGUUUGGAAAGACAAAGAUAUUUUUCCGGGCUGGUCAGGUCGCUUACAUGGAAAAAAUAAGGGCUGAUAAACUCCGGGCUGCCUGCAUCCGGAUCCAGAAGACCAUCAGGGGGUGGCUGAUGCGGAAGAAGUACCUGCGCAUGAGGAAGGCCGCCAUCACCAUUCAGAGAUACGUCAGAGGUUACCAGGCGCGAUGCCUGGCCACUUUCCUCCGGAGAACCAAAGCAGCCACCGUCAUUCAGAAGUCCCAGCGGAUGUUCGCUGCCCGCAGGCGUUACCUCCGCAUUCGGGCCGCCACUGUGGUCAUCCAGUCCUACCUGCGAGGUUGUCUUGCUAGGAGGAAGUACCAGAAAAUGCUUUGGGAGCACAAGGCCACUAUUAUCCAGAAGCACGUGCGGGGCUGGCUGGCUCGCAGGCGCUACCAGAGGGCCCUGAAGGCGAUUGUCUACUUGCAAUGCUGCUGCCGGCGCAUGAUUGCCAAGAGGGAGCUGAAGAAGCUGAAGAUUGAGGCGCGCUCCGUGGAGCACUACAAGAAGCUCAACGUUGGCAUGGAGAACAAGAUCAUGCAGCUCCAGCGUAAAAUCGACGAGCAGACAAGAGACUCCAGGUCGCUGCUUGAGAAGUUAACAACCCUGGAAGCAGCAUACAGCUCUGAGACAGAGAAGCUAAGGAACGAUGUGGAAAGACUGAAGAUGAGUGAAGAGGAGGCCAAGAAUGCCACCAACCGAGCCCUGAGCCUUCAGGAGGAGAUUGCCAAACUCCGAAAGGAGCUGCACCAAACGCAGGCCGAGAAGCAGACCAUCGAAGAAAAGGCGGACGUCUACAAGCAAGAGACAGACCAGCUGGUGCUGGAACUGAAAGAUCAGAACAUGCUGCUUAAGAAAGAGAAAGAGGACCUGAACCGCCGCAUCCAGGAGCAGGCGAGAGAGAUAACAGAGGUCAUGGAGAAAAGGCUCCUGGAGGAGACCAAGCAGCUGGACAUGGACCUGAACAACGAGCGACAGAGGUACCAGAAUCUGCUCCAGGAGUUCAGCCGCUUGGAGGAGCGAUACGACGACCUCCGGGACGAGAUGACGCUGAUGGUGAAUAUCUCCAAGCCUGGGCAGAAAAGAAGGGAUUCCACGCAUAGCAAUGAAUCCGAGUAUACCUAUAGCUCUGAGAUCACGGAGCCCGAAGAACUACAGAUGCGGCAGGAGGAGCCAAGCGACAAGAAAGCCCCUCUGGACAUGUCUCUCUUCCUCAAGCUGCAAAAACGGGUUACCGAGCUGGAGCAGGAGAAGCAGUGGCUGCAGGAGGAGCUGGACCGGAAGGAGGAGCAGGCCCUGCGAGCGAAGGCCCAGGAGGAGGAAAGGCCUCCGAUGCGAGGAGCGGAACUGGAAUACGAAUCGCUUAAGCGCCAAGAGCUGGAAUCCGAGAACAAGAAGCUGAAGAAUGAGUUGAACGAGCUGAGGAAGUCCCUGAUGGAGAGGAGCGCUCCGGAUGUCACGGCCCCGGGUGCCCCGGCCUACCGGGUCCUCUUGGACCAGAUGACCUCCGUCAGCGAGGAGCUGGAGGUGCGCAAGGAGGAGGUCCUCAUCCUGAGGUCUCAGCUGAUGAGCCAGAAGGAGGCCAUUCAGCCCAAGGAUGACAAGAACACCAUGACUGACGCCACGAUCUUUCUGGAGGAUGUGCAGAAGAUGAAGGACAAGGGAGAGAUUGCCCAGGCGUACGUGGGUCUGAAGGAGACAAACAGGCUCCUGGAGUCUCAGCUGCAGGCUCAGAAGAGGAGCCACGAGGCCGAGCUGGAAGCCCUGCGUGGGGAAGUCCAGAGCCUGAAGGAGGAGAACAACCGGCAGCAGCAGCUCCUGGCCCAGAACCUCCAGCUGCCCCCGGAGGCCCGGAUCGAGGCCAGUCUCCAGCACGAGAUCACCCGCUUGACCAACGAGAACCUGUAUUAUGAGGAGUUAUAUGCAGAUGAACCCCUGAAGUAUCAGUCGUACCGGAUUUCCCUGUACAAACGGGUGAUUGAUUUGAUGGAGCAGCUGGAAAAACAGGACAAGACAGUUCGCAAGCUGAAAAAGCAACUGAAAGUCUUUGCUAAAAAGAUUGAUGAACUGGAAGUGGGCCAGAUGGAGAACAUUUCUCCGGGGCAAAUAAUUGACGAGCCCAUCCACCCCGUGAACAUUCCACGGAAGGAGAAGGACUUCCAGGGGAUGCUGGAGUAUAAGAAGGAGGACGAGCCCAAACUCAUCAAGAACCUGAUUUUGGACUUGAAGCCUCACGGUGUGGCGGUCAACCUCAUCCCAGGGUUGCCGGCCUACAUUCUGUUCAUGUGCGUUCGCCACGCAGACUACCUGAACGAUGAUCAAAAAGUGCGAUCCUUGCUGACUUCUACUAUUAAUGGCAUCAAGAAAAUCCUGAAGAAAAAAGGUGAUGAUUUUGAAACCGUCUCCUUCUGGCUAUCGAACACAUGCCGGUUUUUGCACUGUUUGAAGCAGUACAGUGGAGAAGAGGGAUUCAUGAAGCACAACACCCCUCGUCAGAAUGAGCACUGCCUCACUAAUUUCGACCUUGCCGAAUACAGGCAAGUCCUGAGUGACCUGGCCAUUCAGAUCUACCAGCAGCUGGUCAGAGUGUUGGAGAACAUCCUGCAGCCAAUGAUUGUUUCAGGCAUGCUGGAGCAUGAAACCAUCCAAGGCGUCUCCGGAGUGAAGCCCACCGGCCUCCGGAAGAGAACCUCCAGCAUUGCGGACGAAGGAACCUACACGCUGGACUCCAUCGUCCGGCAGCUCAACACCUUCCACUCCAUCAUGUGCCAACACGGGAUGGACCCGGAGCUGAUCAAGCAGGUGGUCAAGCAGAUGUUCUACAUCAUUGGGGCCGUGACCCUCAACAACCUGCUCCUGCGGAAGGACAUGUGCUCCUGGAGCAAGGGGAUGCAGAUCAGGUACAACGUGAGCCAACUGGAGGAAUGGCUGCGGGAUAAGAACCUGGUGAACAGCGGUGCCAAGGAGACCCUGGAGCCCCUCAUCCAGGCCGCCCAAUUGCUGCAGGUGAAGAAGAAGACCGACGAUGACGCCGAAGCCAUUUGCUCCAUGUGCAACGCCUUGACCACCGCCCAGAUUGUUAAAGUUUUGAACCUGUAUACUCCGGUGAAUGAGUUUGAGGAAAGAGUGUCUGUGUCCUUCAUCCGGACAAUACAGCUGCGCCUGCGAGACAGGAAGGACUCCCCUCAGCUGCUGAUGGAUGCCAAGCAUAUCUUCCCCGUGACUUUCCCCUUCAACCCUUCGUCUCUUGCAUUGGAAACCAUCCAGAUUCCAGGCAGUCUGGGUCUUGGGUUCAUCACUCGUGUCUAAGCCACGAGUGCCGUUCGCUACCAGUCAUGAGUUUGCUGCCUGUAAUCUGUCUCGGUGAUAGCGAACACACUGAAAAGCCAUGAGGAUGGACGGACGGGGGUGAGGGGUGGAGGGGGGUAGGGAAAGAGGGCUUGAAAAUGUCCUGCAGAUACCCGAUCUUGCGUGGCUGAAAGACGGGAUGCUGCAGGUCCUGCUUUUCCCUUCCGCUUCCCGUCGCUGGAGGCGGAGGGAAAGGCCCCCAUUUGUACAAAGCCAUCCUUCUCAUGAUGAGGCCUGUAUAAAGAAGCUAGGCGUUUUCCACUAUAGACCGAAGGGGUUUUCAGGCCCUCUCCUUGUUGGUCACAGGCUGUCUCACAUUUAACUUCAGAACCAACUGGACCGUCUGUGACUAAUAACUGAGCAUCAGGCCUCGACUGUUGGGGGGGGGAGGGAGUUAGGGACACCUGAGGAAGGGGCUGUUUCGACAGGGGUGAGGCUGAGGGUCCCACCGUCCGGGGGGCUGCCAGUCGCCCAUCCCUGCGACACCGUCUGCACAGCAGAGGAUGGGCAGUUGUACAUGACUUGCUGCUAGACGAGGACCUAAGGGGGGGGGCGCAGCGUUAAUGCAAGGCGCAAUUCUCCUUUAGCAAAGAAUAGAAGCAUUUAAAGAUCAUGUCCGUGUACUUUAGAGGCCGGAAAGUUUAGUGCAAAUUGGCAGCAGUCGAGGGGCAGUCCCAGCAUGUGUCUUGUAGAAGCCUGGUGGAAUUGAGCCAGAAUCACCACACACGUGGGAAGCUCUGCCCACCACAAGGGGCAUCUGUGGCGGAAGAGCAUUAGAGGUGGUUACCCAGAAGAACAUAAUCAAAAAGCUUCUAUGUUUAUGGCUGCAGGGCAUAAAUGAAGAAGUUCCCGAAAUCUUUGGGCUAAUGAUACGGUACAACGUAGCUUUUCCUUAGUUAGUAUUGUUCUGAGACAUAUCCAACUUCUGCUGUGUGGUGGGUUUUUUAAAUGUACAUAAGCAUCAUUAGGCAAGAGAAAUACAGAAUUUGAAACAAAA